GAUAAAGCGUCCAUGGCAACAUAUUAAGAUGGCGAAGUUUGUGAUUGCAGGUGAGGCAGACUGCCCAUACUAUGCUCGUGCUGAGCUGCUGGGGGAUAAACUUGCGAUCAACCUUCCAGACUUCAAACUCCACAAGAUCGUCAAAACUCCAGAUGAGUGGCGGGAAUGGCUGUCCAGUGAGUGCCAGUUGCGGGGUUGGAAACACGAGAAAUCACCACUCGUCUGGCGAGAGCUGAUAGAUAGAGGCGGUAAGGGCGUUCUGAUUGGAGGAGCCAACGAGUUCCAGGAGUAUGCCCAGGGGUAUUAUGGGUUCGAAUCCAGUCUUGUAAGUGAUGAUAUGAAAAACAUUGCUGCAGAAAAUAAGCAGUUGAAGGUUGAAAAAGAUAAAGAAGAGGCUGAUUACAAAGCACUGAGUAAUCCAGUCCAUGUUUGCAUCACAAAUGCAUCAUCAAAUGUAUGUUACAAUAUGAUGGAUGGUUUGUGUCGGGGUGAAGUACUGGGAAGUGGGGUUGAGAUGAUUAUUCAUCUGUUGGACAGUUCUGACCAGGCCGAGUAUCUUGAUGGAACAAAGAUGGAAGUAGAGGAUCUUGCACACGGCUUGAUGAAGGGAGUGGUGGUAGAGACGGACCCAAAUGUGGCCUUCAAAGACUGCAGUUACAUUGUUAUACUUGAUGAAAUUGAGCAGGGUGAGAAAAGUAAGGAUGCUUGGAUAAAGGAAAAUCAUGAACUUUUUGUUAAAUAUGCAAAGAUUAUUGACAGUGUAGCAAGCAAAUCAGUGAAAGUGCUUAUUGCAGGAUAUGGCCCUGUUAAUUUCAAUGCUUCUAUGAUGAUUAAGAAUACCCCCAGUAUUCCAAGACAGAACAUUGUAGCUGUGUCGAGAAUGGUUGAAAAUCAAGCUAAGUCUGUGAUUGCUGAGCGAUUAAAGAUCAACACAGCAGGUGUAGUAGAUUUGAUCAUUUGGGGAAAUCCAAACGGGGAGCAUUACAUUGAUCUGUCUAGAAGUCGUGUCCAUGGUUACGAUGGAGCUAUUAUCGGCCCAGAUUCAUUCUCCCUCUCAACCCUGGAGAUGGUGUUUGACUCAAAAUGGGCAACCACAGAGUACCUUGAGCUUGUUAAAACCAAGAAAUCCCGCACGGAGGAGGCUCUACAACACCCUGCCACCUUCUCUAUGGCUUCAGCGAUCAACUCAACCUUAAUGCACUGGUGUAAUGGUUCCCCAAGCAGCCAGUUUUUCUCCCUAGGAGUGAGCUCCGAGGGCUGGUAUGGUGUCCCCCAGGAUCUGGUGUUCUCCUUCCCCGUCACAAUGCAUCCCAAGGGCUACUGGAUCGUUGUACAGGACAUUGACGUCUCUGAGGAGGUCAAGACUAAGAUCAUGGAAACCAUCAAGGACCUAGAGUCAGAAAUUGAGGUGAUAUAUCCCCGCCCGAAACCCCCGUCCCCUGAACCCGACACCAACACCAAUGCUGACGAUGCUAACAAGGGUGAAGGAGCCGAUCAGAGACUUGAGACGAUAGUUGAAGAGAAGAAAGAACUAUCUGAUGAAGGGGAUGCAACUACUGGUGGAUCGGCCACAGAAGGGGAGACAACCACUACAGGGGAGGAAACUGCAUCAGCAGGGGAGGAAACUGGAACAGCAGGGGAGGGAACCCAGGAGAAGACAACUGAAGAGGCAGGAAAGGAGGGAACAGAGGGAGGGGAGACAACUGAUGAGAAAACUGAAGAGCCAGUGAAAUCUGAUGAACAGUUGCCGACUGAAUAAAACAUUAAAGAAUUUAGCACAGACAUUGGCAUAUUAUAUUUAUCAGCAAAUAGAUAAAUUGAUUAAACAAGCUUAAAACUUGUGGUAAUUUUCGUUUCCGUAAAACCCAUGAGGUUGACAUUCGAAAAAAUAGCUUAAAUAAAUAAAAUAGAUUAAAUUUUUCAUUGGUUGUUGAAGCAUUAGUACAGGUGUUUUAGCUACCAUUGUGAAAUGAAUUGUUGUCAGUUGAUGCAUUACUUUAAGUGAUAUAAUACCUUACUCUUAGUGUUAAAGUAAUAUGAUAAGGUUAUAAAUGUUGUUAACUUUAUGUCAAAGCAUUCUUCAACGUCAAUAAAUCUUUUGUGAUAUUAUUGAGACCAUGUGUAUUUGUUUUAUAGUAUGAUUCUGCACAGAUCUAUAAAUCAUGGUUAUUUUUCAUCAUUUGCUAUCAUUGAUGUUCCUUUAAUUAAAAGCAACAAGACAUUUUUUUUGUGAUUUACAUGCAGACCUCUCUGUUUUCUUCCUUUGAUAGAAGUGACUGGAAUGAGGAAUGAUACAUUGCACUUUGCAUGGUGAUAUAUUGAAGGAAUUGAGGCAAAAAAUGAAUAUAACAAUUCACUCUUUUGCCUAAAAGACUGGAUAGUGAAUACAUCUUAAUGCAUAAUUUAAAUGUUUGAUCUGCAUUGGGCGGUACUUUUUCUGAGGCAAUGUAUCUUGUGAUGUUUUUACUUUUUUGUUAAUUCAGGUUUCAGUGAACAUUGCUCACAUUUUCUAACUUGUAGUCCAAACACUCAAAAUCCUUUUUUAUUUUGUUGGUGUCAAUAAAAUUAAAUACAGAAAAGUGAAGUAUUUCUUUCAUCAAUGAGCGCUAUAUGUCUUUUUUAUGUUCUCGUUUAUUGUUUUAUACAUGCAUACUCGAUAAAAAUACAUGAAUCAUUGAUGUACAUUUGUCACUAUCAAUUAAAGGUUAUUUUAGGGAAAAAAUAUGCAUGUGGACUUGCAUUCAGUGUACUUUGUUCUUUAGUUAAACAGAGUAGGUAAUUACCGAGGGCAGUCCAAUUUUUUAUUGUAAUGUCAGUUGGGUUACCAUUGAAACAUUCUUUCUCUUUGAUUUUCAAUGUGAUUAAAAAAAAUACAAGAACAUCUGUCGAAAUGUCACAUCACAUGUAGUAAUUUGUUAACAUCUGUUUGAAUACAGCAUUUUACAUGCAUUUUUUUUUUUUUUUAAUACUAUUUUUUUCCAGGUUAUAUAGAAUUUUGCUUGAUUUAUCAACUCUUUAUAGAAGGAUUCAAAGUCAUGUGACUAUUGCGCUGAUGUCUGCUUUUAUGUCGUUAUAAAGCAAUAGAUGGCCAUUUUCAUAUUUAUAUUGUGUGGUACUAUUAAAUCAUGUUAUUUGUCAUUUUACUGUUUUGAAUUUACCCUGCCAACCAAAAGUUACCGAAUCCUUGAAAAACCACAUGUUACCAAGUAUCCUGUUUUUAACAAUACUGCCUUCUUUAUUUAGGGUGCUUUUAUAAAUAAUUACAACCUUUGUUUACACGGGUAAAAUGUUAAAAUUUCCAGCUUUACUAGAGGAGUAGAGGUCAAAUGACAGAAACACCAGUGUUUUACAGAAGACUCACUAUAUUACUGUUUCUUGUUUUCCCGUACUCGUGUAUGAAUUGUGAUGUGCAAAAGGUUUUGUUAUUAUACAAAUAAACUGUGAUAUAUUUA